UGGUAAAGUUGAAUUACGAAAUCGGAUUUUAAAAAUGGUUAAUUUUUAGUUAUGUUUGGAAUAUUUCGAUCUAGAGAGAUGCCGACUUGGAGAGAGCCGAUUGAAUCGGUUCAGUCGCUUUCAUUAUAACGAUUUCCGUUUUUAAAGACCUUCACAGUUUUUAAUUCGUAAAGCGAGUGCAAUUCUGGCUCAACUAUUGUUGUUUGGUCGCGAGGACAUUUGGAAUAAAACUGAUUUCACCUCUGUUUGAAGUGAGUGCCCACGCUAACGCUUUAUACGAGUAUGUGAACGGUAUGUGUACGUAUUAGUGCUUGGAUAGAACUGGUAACACAAGAAAUCUAGACAAAAUUCUUACCACAAAGGUUUAAGCGUAUUCAUUGUUUGGUAAAUUUAAAGUGUACCCAUUAGCAUAUAGCUCCAAUUUUCAAGGUGAUUUUACUUCAUAGUUAGCAGUCCUUCUGUGAAAGAAAUAGGUGAAUAAAUAUAUCAUUUUCAAAAGAAAAUAAGCAAAAAUGACAACUGAAAUGACGGAAUACUUUUGCGGACUGGGUUUGAAGAAGGCAACAAUACUUAUCGGCAUUUUCCAAAGUAUUUUGUCUUUCAUAUCUUUCGUACUAUGUGCAGCAUAUGCUGAACAUCCUCACGAACUUCUUGAAUUGGCAGACACAUCAGUAAUACCUGAAAUGCAUGUUCUGAAAACUGUCCUGGUCAUCUUGAGUAUUGCAAACGCGUUGCAGUGUGUGUUUUCAAUCAUGAUCAUAUUUGGAGCACUUACGAAUCGUCCCCUGUUAUUACUUCCCUGGCUGAUACUCAACCCGAUUAGUUUGGCAGUUUACAUCUUGGGCACAAUUGCAGCUCUUGUAAGACAUUCUAAUGCAAGCCAUGUUGCAUUCUUCACUGGGCAUCUACUAAUUGCAUCAAUAGUGUCGUUGAUAGGUGGUUACAACAUUUUCCUUGUCCGUAAUUACUACAUAUAUUUGAAGAGAUUGAAUUUCUGAAGAAAUCAGUGAAACUACUUAUCUAUUUCGUCUGCACGGUUCCAUAGCUUCAUCGAUAUUCCUGAAGCAAACUAUUUUCAUUAUAGUAUAUAUUUUAUUGUUUAAAAUUUGUAAAAAGAUUUAGUAAUAUAAAGUUGGAAUACAGGACACAGGACGAGAAAAUCUGUAAAUCUAUUUGUGCUAAUAUUGGUACAUACUCUGGUGCCCACUAUUGAAAUAAGUUCCUAACUGAUUAACAUUAAAUUAAUUGAUGCAUUUACCAGCGCAGUAUGGUGCAUUUUUCAGAAGGAUGAUUGAUAGCGUCUAUAGCAGCUUAUAUUUUUACAAAUAAUAGUAGAUGAUGAAGAUUUUGCUUAAAGUUGAUAAUUUAUUAAUGUCAAUACUUUUAUGCUUUUACUUUUAGCGGAUUGAUAAUUAGAAUAAAUUUAUUCUAAAAUAAGAAAAUAUGCUUUUAUAUUAUGUAUCUUUUGAUGUAAAAAAUAUUUAAUUUGAAAAUUUAUCGAAUAAAAUACAUAGAUACUCCAAUUUUAUUAUUUAAACUAGAUUUAAAUUUUUGUAGUCGGACGUUGUUUAUGAAUACCUAUUAGCAAUAAUCAAAAUACAUUUUAUUUAACUUUACACCCGAUCAGCCUUUAUUCAAACUAAUAUCUUCACAAAAAGCAGAAAAACAUUACACGUCAAGCACAUUUCAAUCAACAUUACAUUAUUUCCCCUAAACAGCGGUCAUUUUGGAGAGAAAUAAUAUCACAUAUUUUAAAAAGUUGUUGCAGAAAAGUUACACAACUAAAAUACGUCAAUACUUUCGGAUUAUAAUAUGAUAACUGUACAUUUAUUAGAAAUUGAGAUUAAUUCCUACUAAUCAUAUGUGUCUAGAGCAGUUAUUACAAUUUUGAAGAGUGAUAAAAAAAAUGAAAAAUUAGGUACAAAAAAAGUUUAAUAAAGGACUCAUUAAUAUCACUGACGUACGGUAUAGAUAACUAGCUUGUAAAAAUUCCUUUGCAAAGUACGAUGACGUAGUUAAAUUCGCGUUAUAGCAACACCUGAAAAAUUAGUUUCACUCGAAGAAAUUGAAAUCUUUGGAGAUGAGCCUUGACAAUUCUGUUUUCUUAUCAAUCGCUCCC